UUUGAAGUCGUGACAUACUCAAGAAACUUCACGGCUGAUCAUGUCAAAAUCCAUAUUUCUGUAACGGGAGCUACUGGCUAAUAUUAUUACUGGAUCUGCUGUGCCUGCAUUGCGGCUAUCCCACCCUCAGGCUAGAUCUGAUAAAUAACUGCACUUAUUCGCUCCCCUGAUUCGGAGAAGGUCGCGCUGUUCAAUAGUGUCGGCGUCACAGUUGUUCAAAGCGGACGUGGUCUUGGCCUACGUCCGUGUUGAACCUCGAACUUCUAACUGAUUGUCCGAUGUAUCAUAGCUAAUGCUGAUGUCUUUUAUGCAGCCAGAGCGAUCCUCUUGGGACUGAAAAGAGACCAUGAACAUGCUAUAUUAUACAGUUCCCAUUCUUAUUCACACAUCUGGAACUGGUGUCCUGAUAGAAGAUGCCGCCGGGAACUACGCUAUGGAUGACAUUUAUCCCGACGUAGACAUCCCAAUGAGCGAGUCGCUACCCAAGACGCAAACGCAUCGUGAAGUUGAUCUCGAAGUCGUUGCUGCUGAUAAAGAAGCCAGCCUUGACAGAAAGCUGAGUGGAGUUAUCGGAGAAGGGCUGAAUCUAUGGCCUAGUAUUCAUAUCGAUGGCGUGGAAACGCUGCACACCUCCGUUUUUGAUGCUGCGACGAAGGGAGCAGAUGAUACAGGUCAUGAAUGCGAGGGCUAUUAUUUCGGCGAAAAUGGAGAACAUCGGGUGGGUGAGAUAUCUGAGGUCUUGGUGGAAUUUUUUGCAUGA